AGUAGUAAUACCUAAAACUGAGAGAGAUCGAUUUACUUUUCUAUAGGUGGAAGACAUGGGGAUUGAGAUGAAGGUUCUUGUGAUUGUGAGCAUGGUCUUGAGUCUUACCUCAGUCGUGAGUGCCGUUCAGGGGAAGGCUGUUUUCUAUUCACCUCCUUAUUUCCCCUCAGCAUGCUCUAACCAAAACCAAGGGAAAAUGGUUGCUGGAGUAAGUGAUGCGUUAUGGAAUAACGGAGGGGCAUGCGGAAAGAGUUACAGAGUCAAAUGCAUAGGAGGAGCCAAUCUUGCUCCGCAUCCUUGCAAGGAAGGUACAAGUGUCGUGGUUAAAGUUGUUGACUACUGUAAAGCAGGAUGCCAGGGAAUCAUUAAUCUUUCUCAAGAUGCUUUCUCCGCCAUUGCUGAUACUGACGCCGGCAUAAUCCGAGUGGAAUUUAACGAGGUUUGAGUUUGACGCUUCUAAUCAAAAAUGGCUUCUCAACGUCUAGGGAAGAUGAUGAUAAUGUAGCUGUUAAAGAGAAUAAUCUUGGAACAAAUGGAAAACUGCUGUCUUCCAUGUGGUAUUCCAAUAAUGUUAUGUAAAAUGUGGAACUUUUACCUGUUUGGGACGGAACUUCUUUAGCAAUUAUGUAUUCACAUCAAAAUUAAUGAGCAAUUCAAUUGAUCCCCCCAUCCUUU